UUUAUAUAGCUGAGGGUAUAAGCUGCUGUCUAUUUUUGGAAUACGUAGUGGCCAUUUUCUUCUUCUUCUUCUUCUCUGCUCGCUCUCUUGGUGUUGCGCGCCUUUGUGUCGAUGAGGAGCGAUAUGCGCUGUUUUUAUUUACGCCUGAUGGAGGUUUGUCCAAGCUGCGAGCAUCCUAGCGGGACAUUAAUAGCCGUGACGGUCGGCCUAUAGAUUUUUCCGUUUCUCGAUGGAAGACAUCUUCCUGCUGGCUGCGAGCGAAGGCGUCAAGUGCGUUUCGCAUUCGCUCCGCAUCUGUAUUCCUAUCGACGAGCCGAAGGGCUUUCUAUAAAAGCAGCCACCGGGGAGACAAACCUGUCCGGUCCAGUAACGUCGGGGCUUUUUUUUAAUAAUAAUCAGGGACCGAGCCGUUUUCACGCCCCGGACAACUUGUGUUGGCGGUGUGGGAACCGAGCAGAACGGAUGGAAAGCAUUUUUUCCACGUUUUGACCGCAUUUGCCCGGCAGCAAGGGGGGAGGGUCAAGGUGUGAUACAUGGAUCUCACAAGACGAGUCGAGUAAUUCGAAGGUUUGACUUCCUCCAGAAGUGAGACACUUUGGUCCUCUCAAAGCUCUUUGUCUGGACCAGUCAAGGAGCUUUCCCCCCACUGCUUCCCACUCCACCCUUUCUCCGUCCCACUGCUAACCCUUGUGCAGACAUCAUGGGUACGGUGCUGUCUCUGUCUCCCAGCUACCGUAAGGCAGGGCUGUUUGAGGACGGCCCUGCCACGGUAGGCCAUUAUACGGCAGUCCAGAACAGCAAGAACGCCAAGGAUGCCGCCACAGCAGCUGGAAAAUCCCUCAAACGCCCCUCCAUCAUCAGUGUGUUGCCAUGGAAACGCAUUGUGGCUGUAUCGGCGAAGAGGAAGGGCUCCAAGAAGUUGCAGGCAGACGGCGGGGAUGGCGGAAAAGGGAGCUCUCCGGAUGGCCACGCCUUGGCCACAACCAACUCAGCCUCCAACAGCCUGAAGCUGAAGAAGUCUCAGUCCUGCGCUAACCUUUCAUCUUACUCCUCUAGCCAAGACCCCUCGGCCACUACCACCACUACCUCCUCCCACCUGCCAAUCUCCAAGACCUUGGCUAACGUAGCUACUGUUGCUGCCAAAAAGAAUGCCCUCACAGGUUCCGGGGUCCAGCCGUCGACUGCAACCGGCACACCAAAACGUGUCAUUGUCCAGGCUUCCACCAGCGAACUGAUGCGCAGCCUGGGUGAGUUCCUGUGCCGUCGGUGUUACAGACUGAAGCGUCUAUCCCCAACAGAUCCAGUGCUGUGGCUGCGCAGCGUCGACCGAUCCCUCCUUCUGCAGGGCUGGCAGGAUCAGGGCUUCAUCACUCCGGCCAAUGUGGUCUUCCUCUACAUGCUGUGCCGCGAUGUGGUCUCAUCCGAGCUGGCUUCAGAGCGGGAGCUGCAGGCCUCACUUCUCACCUGCCUCUACCUGUCCUACUCCUACAUGGGCAACGAGAUCUCCUACCCGCUGAAGCCCUUCCUGGUCGAGGCGGAGAAGGAAGCCUUCUGGGACCGCUGCCUUGAGAUAAUCAACCGCAUGAGUGGCAAGAUGCUCCAGAUCAACACCGACCCACAUUUCUUUACCCAGGUGUUUGCCGACCUGAAGAACGAGAGCAAGAAAGAGGAGGAGAAGACCAAACUCCUCAUAGGCCUUGACCGAUAAGAGGGAACAGGAGGGGAAAUGGAAGGAUGGAUGGAUAGAAAAAUGUAUGGAGUUAGUAGUUUGAGGACUGGUAGACUAAUGUAAUGCAGCGUAGCGACACAUUGGAGCAGUACUGUUGUCUGGCGUCUCUACUAGUUUAUCAUUCACCAAAUUCCUUGUUUUGUAACCCAGAACAAAGAGCUUCUGGGAUUCAACACAGCAUUUGAUUAAUUUGAGUUUGGUAAGGAUCCAAACAGAGGCAGUAAGUGAUCUGUGUCUCACAUGAGGCAGCAAAUGGCCUACGGAGCCCUGUUACCACAACAAGGCAAAUUAAAUCAGGGUUGCUCUGCGGUGUAGCCACGCCAUCAUCAACCACAUUAUUGUUCAUGAUUGGAUCUGAUUAGAUUCUCAAGGCUGUCAGGCUACUUGUUGAUAUCCAAACACCUGGUACAAUUGGCUCAGGCCGUGACAACAGCAAGCUUUAAGGCAGAGAUAUCAUUUGACAGACGUUUCAUCAAAGGCCUGGCCAGCAGGGUUGGUGAUGCGACAUUACCAGGCUGUGAGAAAGAGAUAUCUGUAAUUUUCAUCUCUUGCCUUAGGCUCAGAGACAUGGAUCGGUCUGACCUGUACCUUGUUUCAGUGAGAUGACAAAUGCAAUCUGAUACUCCCAUUGAAGUAUUUUUCUGUCUUUUGAUAAAAAUGAAUGGGUUUAGAAACGCCAGACAACACCGCUUUACUAAUUAAGGGUGAAUAUUUUAAAUACACAGAUACAGUGUAUUGAUACGGUGAUAUUCUGUGAUAACAUCCAGGCAUUUCCGCUAUAGAGAGAUGUCACGGAGAUGAAAACCAAGAACCACCUUGCAUGAGGUCACUUCAUAUGUCCUUGCACAUGACCACCUGCUUAUUGCCAACUCCACUUUACCUUAUUGCUAUUGUCCUGCCCAAGCUUAUUGCACUCACCAACACUGGCUGCCAGCUCCACUGUUGAACCUUUAAGAGCAUCCAAUGAUACCACAACAUGGAUGAGCUAGAAUCAAACACAACACAACUAGUCUGCAAAUCUGUCGGACUGUGAAAUUUAAGUCGCUGUUCGGCGUAAUUGUACUGUAGUGGAUCAAUUCAUCCACAUCUUAUGUAAAGCACUGCGCCUUCAAGGGAACAUUUGGGUUCAUCCAGUCAAAUCUGCUAUGAAUUGGGAGAUCAGUUAUAUAUAUUUAAGAGUAUGAAAAUGCUAACACACUGGGCACAGAUUAUUAAUCGUUAAACAAGCCCUUCCGUAAUAUGUUUACAAUUACAAAAACAUGGGAAAAUGCAAUACUGACCCCUCCAUGGCAUAUUUAACACAGAGAAUUAUUUCGUUCAUUCCUGUUCAUCCCCUGCACUUCCUCCUGUAGUCCACAUUGGUGCUGUCCUGAGGUGACCAGAUGGAAAUGUUUUACUGAAAGAAAGAAAGAAAGACAGACAGACAGACAGACAGACAGACAGAAAGAACAAAUAAAGCUAGAACCCCGCGCUCAUCUUGUAUGCUUCAUACUGUAUGAAUGAUUGGUGCUGCUGGGUCGUGGAGGACGUAUUCAUAAAGUAAGUAGAUCGUGUGAUCUGUCUCAACCAAUGGCCACACACAUCAGAAUCAAAGAAGAUGUGACUAUAUUCCAUGUGUGUGUGGGCAGACGCCACAAGUGUAGAUGUGACUUUUUAUUUCCAAAACAACGCUUUGAUGUUGCUGCGGCCACUCAGCUCGAGGGACCUCCUCUGCUGUUUGAAGUGUCGCCCUCCCCCUCCUCUCUCCUCUGUCCUCUCUCCUCCGCUCGUUACUCUUCAAACAAACUAAAACAACACCGAUUAUCUCUUUCUUUCCACCUGCUCCAGUCCGGUCUGAACUGGUCCUGUCCAGUCUGGUGUGGUCCAGUCCAGUCCAAUCCAGGUGUCCCAUAUUUAGAGACUCUCUGGUCUGUUGACCAGAUCGCUUAGUUAUUCACAGAGUUGUUUGACAUGCAUGAGUGCUUCUAUAGGUUUCCUAGCAUGCUGCUUUGUGUUGGGCACACCGCACCUGAUGUUACAGAAGAGACUGAGCGGUCGCCUCGCUGAACUGCUGAAAGCUAGACUCAGUGAUGUGACGUCCAGGCAACUCGGCACAAGAAAAUGUGUGAAAGGCUGGUUGUGUCCUAUGCAGGACUUCUUGUUCUUGGUUCCAUGGUGCAUAGGGGUCUUAAAGACACCCUCCCAGAUUCAAUGGUUCUCCCUUUCAGAAACCAGUAAUAGCCUUCAAAACUCCCACACCCAUGCAAGUGUCAGUCAGUUUGAGUGGAUAUUUAAGAGUUGCAGUUCAAUAAAGUUGGAGGCUUCACAGGAGACAAUGUUUUAAAAGAAUGAUCAAAACUGAAGCUCCAGGUGCCAAGAUAUCCUGACUUUUAAUCACUAUUAUAGGUAAAGCUCCAACAAUGGUGGAUCCUACAUUUCCCAUAAUACAAACCCCACACCUCCAGUUUGUAAUAAUGACUUUCAGAUAACAUGUUUUAAGUCUCAAGCCCAAGCAGAGAUGACACUGGUGACAUCAUCAGGAUUUAUUUUUCCAAACUUUGGAAAGCUCAAGACAGUAUACAACUGUACUUCAUGUAAAAAAAGAACGAAAAUCAACUGAGUACCUCAAGAGAUUACCCGCCUUGAUGACGUCACGUCACUGAGUCUAACCGAAAGCCAAUAAAACACUUCAAGUUUAAAAAAGCUCUGCCUUCUCAAACAGGGCAGAGAUCUUGUGCCAUAUCAUUCUAAAGACUAAUUAUUUCGUACAACAAAACCUAUAAAACACACAAAGAAACAUGAGCCAACUCCAAGUGUCUGACUGGUGAACUAGAAAAGACUAUCGCGGAAUCAUGAAUAAGCUUUUUUUUCACAAUGUUGCUCUGUCAUGCAUCGAAGAUGUUGGACGAGAAAAAAAAGGAACAUUUUUUCGAUGGAAAGGACACAGAAUUGAAAUGGAAAUCUUGUGAUUUUAACACACGGUGAAGUUUUAUGUGUCACUUUGUAAAAAUGUAAGCCUAAAUUGGAGUCACUCUGUUAGUACAUUUAUAAUUUAUGGUAAAGAGAUUUGGCCUGCUCUCUGAUAAGAUCAACACUGAACUAAUGGGGGAAUUUUAAAAGGUUGUUAACAGAACAAAAUGUGGUGUCUGUUUCCAGACUGGGUGUGUCCACGAUGCAGGUGAUGUUUUAAACUCCGGCUGCACUUUGUGUGCAGAUGAAAACCGUCUGGGCUGGAGCAGCUACCAUGCUGUCAAAGAUAAUGUAGCCUUGAUGUAGAGUCAGACCUCAUGAGACAAAUAUGCACAGGAAGAAUGAAUCGAGGGCAAACAAGCUUAUUUACAUGUCCUUCCUCCGAGCUGUUUCUGAUGGGUUGAACAGUACACAAGUAGCAUUCCUAUGAUGACUGUUGAAUAAUCAUUUUAUUUCUUAAUUUGUUGUAUUUAAAGAUUCCAAACUGCAGGUUGUUGGUUGAACGGAGAUAUAUCACAUCAAGAGAUUUGGUAAACUGACAGAAGUCACAGUGACGAACAUCAACUUGUGUUUUUCUGCAAGACAGCGGUUUGACUAUCGCCCAGAUUUAAUAGAGGAGUGAUGAAUGUUGAAAUCAAGAACUGUCACCUGGAUUCUUUGUGGUAAAACUUAAGGCUCGAUUGACCGGUCACUAAGCCCUGCCACCGUUGGUUACUGUAGCUAGAUGUAUUUGUCAGCUGUCAAUGUUUGACGACGACUGUCGCUGGCAGACUUCAUCAGCUGCAGCUAGCUAACUAAGCUAACGUUAGCGCAACGAGUUGGUUAGCAAUUACAUCUGAGGGUCACUUUCUUAUUGUUUCCUGCUGACUCAUUUUAAAAUGAUGUAAAAGGGCUGUUAAAUAUACAAUUGAUGGCCACUUAUAUGAUAAAAUGCUAAAGAGUUAGUCCUGAUAUUGUAAUUAUAAGAAGGAAAAAGUAGGAUUUGACUGGUUUUGUUUCACAAGGUCACAAGACCAAAGUGUUUGACAAAACUAACAUUAUCUUCAGUAAAAUUGCCUUGGUUUUGCUGGAGUAUAAAUUGCCCCUACUCCAGUAAAGAGCAGGACAAAGCCUCUAAUGUUAUAACCUAAGUAGAGCUAGGUUACUACUGCCAUAGAUGAAUAAGCCAGCAGCUCUUGUGAGUUUUUCUUUUAAAGAAUAAAAGGACACAACCUUUUAAACUCUUGAAAAGGGGUUCAGCGAACGGUGAAUUGUACUAUUUCUAUUAAAUUCAAAUUUGACACCCUAGGUACACAACACACAGCCCCACUCACCCCAGGAGUAUUACGUUUUGACUAUCCAAUACCAUGUGACAGCUUUCGGCAGACAAGAGGAGAGAUUAAGUAUUUUUGCUGUGAACUGAUGAGCAAAAAAAAAAAGAUUUUUCACUAUUUUUACUUCGCCGUGUUCCGGGUCCUUCCAACUGUGCAGGGACAAUUAAAAAAGAGACAAGGAUGCAAGGACAGGAGCCGAGGAAAGGAAAAAUGUCCUCUGAAUGAACCUUUUUCUUGAAGUAUAGAGGGAAGUACGGGUUGACUACACCCCCUCCUAUACAUGCUCUCAUCAUUGAUCAACUCAUAACUAUGUGCCAUAUUUUAUCUUGCAACACGUACAAGACAAAAACUUUGGUGUAACAUAUGAAGCUUAUGAUAAUGAUGACGAAGUUAUUAUGUUUUUUCCCUUCCUUUUCAUUUGUGAAUCACGUUGUGCAAACAAGAAUCUUUGUUGAACAAAAGUCAAAGGCUACUAGUGUCACUAGAGUGCUGAUGCUGCAGUCUGUUACAAUGUGGAUGUAUGAAUAUGUAUGUGAGAAAUAAGAAUCAUUUGAUCAACUGUUACAGGUACUUUAUAUAAAAAACAUUUACAAGCA